GUGUGUGUGUGUGUGUUUUGAAAGGGGAGGGGGGGUAUUUUAUUUUUGCCCCCACGUCCCGCGAACGCAGCACGAGCGCCCGCCCGGGUCACGUGGGAGGCUCCGCUAAGAAAUGCGGUGACGCGGUGGAGUUCCGUCAGUGGAGCGGUGUCUGACAGUCGAGCCUUGCCGGGCCAACAGCUGCCGUGCCCGGCCGAGACGAGGGGGUCGGUCCGCGGGCGCAUCGGGGGGAGAAAGAUCCGAAGCGAGGCGCGCAGGUGAAGGCAGAGACGGGGACUCCGGGAGCAUGCCUGAUCGGACUCUGUAGGCGGGAGAGGAUAUACACAAUAUUCAUUUUUCUUCACUGUUUUUUUUUGUUUUUCAUCCAUUGCGCCGGUGCUCCGCUGCGCGCGUCGUGAAGGACCAGCCGCUCUCUCUCCUCCCCAUCCUCCCCAUCCUCCUCCAGCGCUGCCGCUGCCGCUGGAUGCUGUGGUGUUUUCUCCCACAUUCGCAUCAACCGACGCCUCUGGAGAGAACGACGCCAACUUCGACGAGGAGGAGGAAAGAAGCUAGAGACAUAUUUCACAAGUAGUGAGGAUACAGGAGCGCGCACGAGGAGCAGGAGAAAGGGAGGAGGAGAGGAGGAGAGGAGGAGGAGGACCGAAGCCCUGCGGGUCGGCGGAGCCUGCGGGGAUCAUGAGGACGAGCAGUGGGGACGUAACGCGUCCGAGAUGUCAGUGUGAUUAGGAGGAGGAGGAGGAGGAGGAGGAGGAAGAGGGGGAGGAGGAGCAGGAGGGCGCACGGGAAGAAGCAUCAACAGCCCGGGUUUGUCUGCGAUGCCAUGGAGGCGGUGAUGGCGGGCGAAGGCAUCAGGGUCCACUCAGUCCCGUCAGCAGCCGGCAGCAGCAGCAUGAUGAGGAGGAGAUUAGAGAGAGCAAACACAGAGGAGGCGGCGCGUAUCAUAUCCUGAAGGAGGCGAGACAUAAGAGCAUGACCCUGUGUUUACAGCGCCAAAGAAGAGCCAGGGAGAAGUCUCUCUGGCCAGGGAAUCAUCGCCUACCUAGCUACCACCGGGAGCCAUUUUAAUCCUGCUCUGAGCUGCACUGGUGGGACGCAAACGUUCCCAACUCCACCAGGAGGCUCACUCCAACCCAUCUGCCAGCUCAGAUAACCAUCUGAUUGUUGGCAACCACAUGUUUGAGUUGACUGUAUGUGACUGCCGCCGCCCAUUCUUGAGCAGCAGCAGCAGCAGCCUCCUGCGCCCCCGGUCUGCACCAUGCAGUGGAGACGGCGGCACUGCUGUCCCAUCAAGAUGACCUGGACGGUCAAGCGUUCACUCUUUCGGACCCAUGUGGCAGGCCUCCUCUCGCUGGCUCUGCUCUUCACCUUCUUCUUGUUUUUCAGCCACCAGGACUGGCUGCCGGGACGCAGUGGACCCCGGGAAAACCCACUGACUUACACCAUUAGGGGCUUUCGCAGCCCCAAGGGAGAAGCCAACCAGAGCAGCUCCCUGAGGAGCCUGUGGAAGGAGACGGGGUAUGUCGCGCCAAAGCCUCUGCUCAACCUCAGCUCUCAGCAGGCGGAUGGGGCGGCAGGAGAAGGCGGUGGAGGAGGUGCCAGGAUGGGUGUGAUGGGGCUUGGGGACACCAUGAGCACUAACAACAGUUUACAGAAGGAGAUGGAUGUUGGAGGGAGACUCAGUGCUCAGCCCUACCGCUACAUCCUGAACGAGCCGUUCAAGUGCAGGGACACCACGCCCUUCCUCAUACUCCUCAUCGCCGCAGAGCCCGCACAGGCCGAUGCCCGCAACGCCAUCCGUCAGACGUGGGGGAAUGAGAGCGUAGCAAUGGGCCUGGGGUUUGUCCGUCUUUUCCUGCUCGGCGUAGGGAAGAGCUCCGACACCUUCCUUCAGAACAGCAUACAGGAGGAGAGCCGCAUUAACCACGACAUCAUCCAGCAGGACUACCAGGACACGUACUACAACCUUACCAUCAAAACCCUGAUGGGCAUGAACUGGGUGGCCACCUAUUGCCCUCAUGCCUCCUACGUGAUGAAGACGGACAGCGACAUGUUUGUCAACACGGAGUAUCUCAUCCAAAAGCUGCUGAAGCCAGAGCUGCCUCCCAAGCAGAGGUACUUCACCGGCUAUCUGAUGAGGGGCUAUGCACCAAACAGAAACAAGGACAGCAAGUGGUACAUGCCACCAGAGCUGUAUCCAAGCGAGCGCUACCCGAUAUUCUGCUCGGGCACGGGGUACGUGUUCUCAGGGGACAUGGCGGAGCUGAUCUACCAGGCUUCCCUAAGCAUACGCAGGCUGCACUUGGAGGAUGUUUACGUGGGGAUCUGCUUGGCGAAGCUACGCAUCGACCCGGCACCCCCUCCCAACGAGUUCCUCUUCAACCAUUGGCGGGUGUCUUACUCCAGUUGCAAGUACAGCCACCUGAUCACGUCACAUCAGUUCCACCCCAACGAACUCAUCAAGUACUGGAGCCACUUGCAGAGCAACAAGCACAACGCCUGCAUCAACAUGGCGAAGGAAAAGAACGGCAGGUACAGACACCGAAGGUUUCACGGAGAGAGGCCUCCGUGACGCAUCCUGUGACUACCACCCACGUCAAAAAAACUAAAAAGGGAGCUGGGCGCACUGUAACUACAGCCGAUGGAGGGCAUGUGGACGUCAGCACUAUACACUAUAUGGGGAAAAGCACAUGUUUUUGGUAUUGUGUACAGUUAAUGAUCCAAACUAUUUUUUUAAUUUGAGAAAAUGUUAAUUAUCGUAAACCUGGUGAGCUAUUUCCGAAGGGGAGGGGGGAGGACUUGUCUGUGUUAAUGCUAAUUCAGGUGCCAACAAAAAGGUGGUAAUUCACACUACAGUUAACGAGUAGGUUCUCCUCUAUGCGUAGUACGGUACGUCACAAAUCUUAGAAGAAAAAACAAUAGUGUUUACACAGACAAAGGGAAAUGUAAGUGUAUUAUGUGGAAAGUUACACUACCUAAAUAUGAAUGACAUUAUCUUUUGACAUUGACCAGUUAUGCUGCCCUGUUUCUCAGUGUUUACUUUACAUAUUUAUCAAAGAUCACAACUUUUAACAAGAGGGUUUAUCUGUCAUAUACUGUAUUUUAUUUUCAAAUUUAAAAAAAAUCAUCACGGAAGCACUCAGAAUCACAUCAGAGAUGACUGAGAUUGUAUUUUUUAAAGCUUUACAAGUGAGUAUAACUGCACCUGAGCAAAUGUGCAAUGAAUCAAUUAAUUAAAUGUAUUGAAGUCA